AUGGCUCCUGAUUGUAAUGCCAUUGAGCCCGAGAACGGUUGGGAAGGUGCCACACCCAAUCAUUCGCACGUGGCCUUGGAAUGGUUGACGUGGACGGAGAGGAGUCUGGGGACUAGGAUCCAGUAUGCGCGCCAGGGAGGAGAGUACAGCAUUCCCCAUGGAUCUCGCGUGUACACUGUGGAUGGAUACGAUGCACAAUCGCGUACCGCCUACGAGUUCCAUGGGUGUUUGUUCCACGGUUGCCGCGACUGGUAUCCCCAACGGAACCAGAUUGCCUUUGCGUCCGCCGGUCUUAAUGUGGAAGCACUUCGACGCCAAACAGUUCAGAAAACUGCCACAUUGCAACGAUUGGGAUAUGCCGUCGUUGAAAUGUGGCAGUGCCAAUGGGAAAAACAAAAGAAAUCCGACCCAGAUCUCCGCCACUUCAUCCAGUCCGUUACCUUUACCACACCCCUUCAACCGCGUGAAGCUUUCUUUGGUGGAAGAACUGGGGCGACCACGCUCUACCAUGGAAUCGACCCCACCCAAGGAGAGCAGAUCCGGUACGUGGAUGUGACCUCCGAGUACCCCUGGGUCAACAAAUACGGAGAGUACCCUAUUGGUCACCCCAAUAUCUACCUGGAACCUGCCAAUCAAGACCCUCAUGCCUACUUUGGCCUUGUUAAAGUUUCCGUUCUCCUGCCUACUCAUCUGUGUAACCCCGUCCUCCCCCACUGCCAGAAAAUUGGAUCCGCCACCAAACUUACCUUUCGUCUGUGCCGUUCCUGUGUCCAGGAAGAAUCACAGAAGCCGAUGGGAGAAAGAAAUUAUAUAUGCUGCCACACGGAUGAGGAACGUAUGCUGACGGGAACGUGUUGUACGCCGGAAAUCCUAAAAGCCAUAGAGAUGGGGUGCCAUCUCUAUGGCACCCCAUCUUCGAAAAAAGACAGCGUGGACUCUUUGCUCCUUACGACGACACUUGGUUAA